AUGCUUGCGGAGAUACUGGAAGAAUCAAUACGAAUAUUUUGGCGAUUUAUCAGAGCUGAUAAAGAUUGCUAUAGCGUGAUGGCGAAAGGUCAAAAGGGAAUUCAUCCAACAGAGGUUCAAGAACAAGAGGAGUCGGAGCUUUUACUGGAGAUCAGAAAAAAUCUUGAAAAGAUUCAAGUUUGGAUGCACCCCACAUUGCUUGAUUUGCGCAAUUAUUGGAACUUUUCAAGGUAGUUGAUGAUUUUCAGGCAUUUGGAUGUCGUCUGCUGUCUUUCUCUUUCUCUGUAGACUAUGUCUUUAUUUUCAUUUCAGAGACAGAGUUUCUCUUAUUUUUGGAUAUCUUAUGUAUUUCAUUUGGAUUCGGCUUGUACUAGUUACGUUCUUAUAUUGUUGA